AUGGGACGAACCAGCGACCAUAUUCACUUCCCUCGCCAUGUUGAGCGAAUCCCACGUCGACCAAACGGCCCCAGCGGAUACAGCGACUCGUUAGGAAGAGCUGUACUGAUCGACAUCAUCAACUAUUUCGCAGAUGUUGUCGACGCAAUCGAUGACAUUAAACUUCCCAAACAACACAAGGACCGGACGAAACUAAAGAACGAUAAGAAGAAGUUAAGCGAUACAGCCGUGAGGGGUGCAAAUACCUUUACAGCCCUUUUCAACUCUGCCAAAGGCCAAGCCAAGUACACUGAUCCUGCUCCUAAAAACUUGCCAGUAUACCGGGAUGAGAUUAACAGCCAACUUCUACACCCACUGUCGAAAGCCAAGUCAAGCCUCGGUCGAUCUUUCACAUUCACCCCAUAUCAACAAAGACUGAUGGUCAUCCUGAACCAUAUCGAGGCCGAGAUAUGCUGGUGGCUUAAGCUCCCCCGCCCAGGCAUCAGCUAUGACAAAGGGUUAAAUAAUACCAGUAAAGCCUCUGGCAAAGCCUCAACAACACAUAGCUACGGCAAAGCCCCAACACAAGCCCAAGGCAAGGGUUCAACAACUACCCAUACCACUAGCAAGUCUCAUGACCAGCGCCCAACACAAAGUAGCAAGAGCCAUGAUCAGCGAUCAUCGAGACCUACGCAAACUAAAGGGGGGCAGCAAAAACAGAAGAGGAGCUCUUCUCCGGUGGACAAAUCAGGUGGUUGCGCGGUCAUGUAG